UACUAUAUGUUACUUAUGUACUGAGUACUUGAGUAGUACUGUUUAAUCUGAUUUAAUUUGAGAAAAUUAUGUAAUCAUACAGACAAAAUAUAAACUUAUGUGCAGAUUUUAGUACUCAGAAUAAUAAAAUAAAAAGCGAGUAAAAACAAAUCACAUCAUUAUCAAAAUAACAAAUUCAGCCAGAAACAAAUCACGUUUCCAAAUCUCAGUUUUCCAAAACAUAAAACUUUUAACAAAAUACAACAGUACAAAGUACCCACAGUGACAAUAUCUACUGUUUACUGUAUAUUCACUUGACCUUCAAAUGGUACAUCAGGCUCAGCAACAAGACAAUUCAGGGUGCUUUACAUGAUGAAAAAAUAAGAAAAUAAAUCAUACAAAAGUACAUUGCAGUAGCCUAAAAGGGAAAAAAAAGUUGCACUACAGACUGAAAUAAUGACGUUUCAGUUAAUAAUUUAAAUAAAACAAAAUAGUCAAGAGCAGCUCUGAACAAAUGUUUUUUUACCUUGAUUAAAAUAAAUUAGAGGUUUCAGCAUUUUUGCAGUUUUCUGGAAGUUUUUUUUCCAGAUUAGUGGAGCAUAGGAACUGAAUGCUUCUGUUCCAUGUUUGGUUCUGAUUCUGGGGAUGCAGAGUACAGAUAACAAACCAGAAGCCUCACCAGACACAUGUAUCUUUGCCUGGUGCCUUUUUAGGGUAAAACGUGUUUGUUCGGAAGAGGUUUACAGAGUCGCCAGGAAUUGUAUUCAAGCAAAAGAAGCGUUUCUUCAAAAUAAUAUUACUCAAGUAGAAGUAACUGAGUAAAUGUAACUUGUUACUACUACCCACCUCUGUGUAUGUGUUGAAUGGUGGGCGUGCUGCACAGCUAUGCAAGAAAAACCAUGCGCCUGGACCACAGAGAGCCACAACUCGGAGACUUAUGCACAACGGAACUCAUCAGGCUGGUGGAUUGUGAUUUUUUUCUUCUAUAAACGGUGAUGUCUCCGCCUAGGGCUUUCUCUUUGUGGCUGUUUUUGGUUCUCCUGGAGGACCGACUCCCCCGGGCUUCUGGUGCCAAGCAGCCCGGCAUCGCGCUGAAGAUCCGCGAGUGGAAAUUCUCCACCAGCGACAGGAUGCGGUGCACGUGGAGCGCGGGAGAAGCCGGAGACGCGGUGAAGGUGCGGAUGAACUGCGAGACGCCCGGGGCGCAGAGUCACGGCGGGAUCACCGAGACGAGCUGCGAGUACCUCGGCAGACCUCGGAGCUGUCCGGGCUUCAACUCCGACCCCACAGCCUUCUGGAGACAGGUAGCGCGCGCGUUCAAGAAGCUGCAGGGCAAGGUGUGCGCGGACAGGCGCGCGCUGGUGAAAGCCGGGAUGUGCAAGCGCGCGCACAGAGACGCGCACCUCAGGCUGGAUCCGAACAGCGUAAAAAAAAGCGCGACUGCUCCCACGACGCCGCUGCCUAUCCACCCGACGACCACGGCGUGCGUAAAGCGCGCAGAGCACCAGAGAACAGCGGACGAGUAUUGCAGCAGCUCCUGGGCCAGCCUGUGCGCUUUCUUCAUGUUCAUGGUGCAGAGCGAGGACUGCUAAGUCAGGCGGAGGCAGGAUUUACCUGUUAAUUAAAGACGACUUUAUUCAUUCAUUCCUUUACCUUUAAUUUCGUAACUUGUGGCCAGUUGGAAUACGUUUUCCUACAGGGGUGUCCAACGAAGUCCAGUUUGUUAUAAAUAAAUAAAAAUCUGAUAAGUGUGGUGUGCACAUGGAUUCAGUUCCCCUGAGUUACAGCUUUAAGUCCUUUAGGGAUUGUCAGCUUUGAACAUUUGGAGACAUGUUUGCACAUUUUCCAUUCUAAAAUAUCAAAGAUUCAGUCAAAUUGAAUGAGGAGUGUCUGUGAGCAUCCAUUUUCAAGUCUUGCCACAGAUUACCAGUUAGAUUUAUGUCUGGACUUUGACUAGGCCACUCUAACACAGGUGGACUCUAUUGAAUAACUAGCUGACGUCUGAAGGUCAUUGUUUGCAUUAGAGUUUAUUUAGGGGUAUGAGAGUUAAGGGGUCUGUAUGCAGGAAUGUUUCAGAUUCCUUUUUUUAAAACAAAAUAGUAACCCAUUAUUCAUUUUCCUUCUACUUCAUAAUUAUGCCAUACUUUGUGUUGGUCGGUUGUGUGAAAAUCAGAUAAAAUCCUGUGAUUAUUGUGGUUGUGACGGCAAAAUGUGGAAAGCUCUGAAAGCUAUGAAUUAUUUUUGCAAUGUAUUGUAAUAUGUGAUUUUAACUAGUCAAACCAUUUACAGUUUCUGUAAAAUAAUCUAAUACUUCAUGCUGUUUCAAGUGGUAUUUCUUUCAAUAAACUACUUGAAAUGGCCUUUUUUCUGGAUAGGAUUUUAUUCUGAAUUGUAACCCCAGUUUAAAUUUACAUGCAUGUCUUCAGCAGGUCUUCUGAAGGUCUGAGUAAUGUUCCAUAGAGACCUCAUGUUCUCAUUUCAGCCUGUUCUAAUUUAGGCAUUAAAUGAUGAUGCUAUCACAAGUACUGGCAAAACUGAAAUGCAGCUUUUUACACUUUGAAGACAUAUUUUCUUCUACCUCUGUCCAUCAGUUGGGUAAAAUGUGUCAACAAAACUGUAUUUAUUCACCAAAUAAAUAUUUAUUUAACUGUU